UCUAUUUAUAUCUCUGUUUUUCCCUCUGAAACUCCAAAUCAUCUCUUCUUCUUCUUUUCUUUGCUCCGAUUCGUUGGAAAUGGAAGGCAGUGAUUCAAUCAUCACCCUUUCAUCAACUCCACCAUCUCAAUCUCCUUCCUCUUCUUCUUCUCCGGCACCGCCGCCGCCUGUCGUUCUCAGUCCAUGUGCGGCCUGCAAGAUUUUGAGGCGGCGAUGUGCUGAGGGAUGUGUAUUGGCGCCCUAUUUUCCUCCCACUGAGCCGGCGAAGUUCGCCAUCGCUCAUCGUGUUUUUGGCGCUAGCAAUAUCAUCAAAUUCUUGCAGGAACUGCCUGAAUCUCAAAGAGCAGAUGCAGUGAGCAGCUUGGUUUAUGAAGCGAGUGCGAGGAUCAGAGAUCCUGUUUACGGAUCAGCAGGUGCCAUUUGCCAACUCCAAAAGCAAGUCAAUGAGCUUCAAGCACAGCUAGCCAAGGCCCAAGCAGAGGUCGUCAACAUGCAAUGCCAACAAGCCAAUCUCGUGGCCUUCGUUUGCAGGGAAUUAGCUCAAUCUCAUCAGUCUUCUUUUGAUGAUUUGAAUGCCGACUCUCACAGUGGCUUAUUCCACAGCAUCAGCAGCCCAAGCUACUUCGAUGAUACCAAUGUAAACCCACUGUGGGAACCUCUCUGGACAUGAACUAUUUUACCUUUUUUUGUGCAUGUAAGGUGUUUGAUAAAAAGUUCCAAUGAAGUUUCUCCAAAUUCAAGCCAAUUUGUGCUUGUGGGUAGGAGAGACUUCGUGGAAAAUACAACACAAUUUUACUUUCUUUCUUGUUAUGAUCAAUUUAGUACUCAAAUGGACAAAAAAAGAGGCAAACCAAAGCUUCAUUAGGGACA